AUGGGAACUGAGCACUCAAAGAACGAGGGGCGAAGAAGCAUGUUUUUUCUGAGGAAAGGUCCAAAGUUGCCUGCGUGGGAAGAUGCUCUUCUCUCAGGGAAAGAACUGCUGAAACGGGGAUUGCGUUAUGUCAGCUUGAGCCUCAUAAUGAAAGGGAUGACCAGCGCGCCUGACUUCUUGUGGGGACUGCCCGAGGUGCAGAAACUGAACCUUUCACGCAACCAGCUGGUGGUGAUUCCUCCUUCGCUGGGGAAACUGGACAGGCUGGUAGUGCUGAACUUGGGUGGCAACUGCCUCAAGUGUCUGCCUAAAGAGAUUGGGCUGCUGAGGAACCUGAAGGUCUUGUUCGUCAAUAUGAAUUGCCUGACAGAAGUGCCAGCAGAGCUCAGCUUGUGCAGGAAGCUGGAAGUUUUGAGCCUCUCUCACAACUGCAUCUCGCAAUUGCCUUUGAGCUUCACCGACCUGACAAGCUUGAGGAAACUGAACCUCAGUAACAACCGCUUUGUGCAAAUUCCCCUCUGCAUUUUCGCACUGAGGAGCUUAGACUUCUUGCACCUAGGGUCCAACAGGCUUGAAAACAUCGCAGAGAGUGUCCAGUAUCUGGUCAAUUUGCAAAUCUUUAUUGUAGAGAAUAACAACAUACAUACCCUGCCACGGUCUCUCUGCUUCAUCACCACUCUGGAGUUACUAAAUGUCGAUUACAAUGCCAUACAGACUCUCCCGGAUGACCUCUACCUGCUGCGCCGGCUGCCACGCAUCGCGUGGAACCCGAUGGACAAAGGCCUCCACAUCGCCCACAACCCCUUGUCCCGGCCCCUGCCCGAGGUCAUUGAGGGGGGGCUGGAUGUCCUCUUCAACUACCUCAGGGAGAAAAAGGAGCACAACUGAGUUUCCGCUGAGCUUGGGAUAAAGCCUGUCAUCAAGACUCACUCAUAUCGGAGCGCUUUCCUGCACAGGCAUUUCCACUUCAUAACACUCGGAUUUCAAAGACUGUGGAUGGCUUUAGUAACGGUUGGAGGAAAGCAAGUAAAGUAUGAUGGUCUUGAUUAAGUGUGUGAAGAGUAAACUUUCUAAAAAUUGCCACCUCUGUAACCUUCAGUGUUGGUGUGCUUGGGUUUUUUUAGGAAAAAAAAGACCAACAAACUUGUGAUAAAAUGUUUGCUCUUCGUUUGACAGAAAACAAAUUAAGGCAGACUGCUAGAAGUGCAGAAAUGUGUAUUUGCCAGCUAUUAGGUUGG